UGGGGUCCAGUAUUUUUGUCCUUUUCCAUGCCCGGUCGCGUGGUGGCGGUAUAAAUUCCCAAUACUCAACGUCACCUCCCUCUUUCAGUGAAUCCACCAAUGAGACGGGAGCUUCUUCGAAGAGGCGCAAAAUAUCAACUGUCUGUCAGCUAGCAAAACAACCCGUGCGCUGCUCAGUCGCUGUUUUAUUUUCUGUUGUGACGCUGGGGGAAAACAUAUUGAGCUUUGAUAUGUGUUGUCAUAUCUAAACUAUAGUAAGGUUUAUGUUUACAUUAGGGAAGAUACAGUGGAGAACCACGCAGUUGCGUUCAAUUACCUAAGCGGAAUACAACUUCAUGGCUUGAAUAGCUGUAGCUAACUAGCUAACACUGUUCGGCAUUCGCAAUUUGCUUUCUCCUUUGGAUUCAUUCUUUCUUAUGUGACUUCUUGGGAAAGCAGGCUUGCCUUUUCCUGAAUCGCAAUGCCGGGCAUUCCACAGAAUAAUUUGAAAGAACAACUUGAAAGACACAACAAUGCUGUUCAGAGCAAGUUAUCACUGGCUAAACCAAAACCUGGGUCUUUUACCUUCAAGAAGAAGUCCACAUCCUCUGCCUUUAACACGGAAGGGGAAUCACAGGUAACGGAGUUAUGUGGUCUAUCAAACCGGAAUGUCAAUGUUCCUACUAACAGUGCAGUAACCAAACCCCCUUUGACGUUUUCAACCAAGCCUGCAAAGCCAGCACCCAAAUUCAACUUCUUUGCGCCCAACCCGAGAAGCAAGCCUCAAGCAGUCGUGCUUCCACCAAACCCCUUUGCCGUGAACAAACCCUCCCCAGUACAGGCGACUCUCAGCCUUUCCUCGGCUCUGGGUAAAGACGUGACAGAGAAACCAACGGCUAACAAACUUGCAGCACAGACGUUACCUCAGAUCGCAAAUUUCAACAAUGACAAACCUGCUGCGCCAGCAAGCAAAUCAGUUUUGCAGGACAGCUUCCAGACGGACUGGGAUGACUUUGAUGAUUUUGAGACGCCAAAGACGACACCAAAAUCCAGCAGAACACUACACGCCCCUGCUACAAGCAACUCACAGUCCGCGAGCCCCAUUACCCCAGUAAAACUAUUUCAUGAAGGCAUUGAAAAGCAGAGUGACAACAAGAGAACUGAAGCAAGCAAAAGUUUUGAUUUCAAAACUACCAACAAUGGCUGCGCAGAACCCGUCAUCAGCAGAAGUGGUUCUCCAGAGCUUCCUGCAGCCUUCAACAAUCUGGACAAUGAGGUUGAAUUCGACAUACCUAGUGGCCAGGAGGAUUGCGCUGGCGCAUACCCAGAUGAAACAGAUCUGGGAGACUCCCCUGUGAAGAUCUCCAAGAAAAAGAAGCCAGCACACAGAAGAGCAACUGUGCUGAGUGACAGUGAGGGCGAGGCGGAUUUCCUUCCAGAGCCAUUGGACAAACUGAAAGAUAACGGCCCUAUAUGCAUUCAAGAUACCCAAACUGAUGGCUUCAAUCCAAAUGUCAUUGACAUUGAUGAGCGAUCAAGGGAGUCGAGGGGAGAUCUGGACUUCAUACCGCCAUCCCCUCCUCCUGAGGAGAGCAGCCCUUCACUCAGGCUGAGCAAACCCAGCCCCCAGAGUUCCACAUCUCACAGAGAGUCUCCCACAAAUCUCCCAGGAGUCUCUCGUGCCCAGUUCAAAGACAACAAAGGGCCUGCUGCUAAACCGGACGAUGCCCUCUUCAGUCUGAUGGAGACCAUAUGUAACCUGGUGGACUCUAUACCUGAGCACGAACUCAUCGGCCUCAGCUGUGGCACCGAGCUCCUCCUGCAGCGAGCCCAGAGGAAAAGAAUUCUUGCCAGUGGAGGACUGUCGGGGCCAAGGACGUCCAUGCCAGACAAGGGUAUUUCCGGUACACCAAAUUUUAAGCCGCCGUUCCGGUCUAGUUCUACUUUCGACACACCCUGCCGUAAGUCAGCCAUGGUAUCACCUUUUACUGAACAGUUUAAGGACCGUGCGAGCAAAGGUGCCAUGGUGUCUCCUUUCGCCGAACAGUUCAAGGACAGUGCGAGCAAGGGCUUCCAGUUCCGCAAGUCCAUCUCCUCUGUCUUGCCCAUAGACUCCUCGAUGGACUACGACGCCAGCGUGUUUGAAGGAGACUCCAGCUGUUUCAUCAAAGACGUGCAGACGCCUGGCUCCUCGUCUGCUGCUAAGCCCCGUGUCACCGAGACAACCAGCAGGCCUUCCAGCAGCUUCAGCUUCUGGACCACUGAUGAUGAGCCGAAUGAUGACUUUCCCUCCAGGCCGUGCUCACAGCAGUCUGAUGUUCAGAUAGUGGACGAUGAGGAGCAUCAGGAUUUGUUUUAUUCACCCAGGAAGUCCUCUAAUGGUGCUGCGUCGUCAGCAGGACACAGGGCGGGGACCAGCAGCAGCAACAACAACAGCAACAACAACAACAAACCGCCGCCAGGCCACGCAAACACGUGGGCGGACGAGGGAGCGGACGGGGACGACUUUUACAUUGAUGACUUUGACAUCGACGAGUUUGAGGAGGCGGAUCUCCCUGACUACUUUGAUGAACCUCCUCCCCCAGUAGCCAGCACGUCCAGGCAGAGCUCUGUGAUCCGAGAGGGCGGCCCUGUCAAGUCCUCGCAGGCCAGGAACUCUUUCACCACCCCAACCCCAACACCAAAACCCACGCCUGCUGUCGCUCCUUCUCCAAAACCCUCCAAGCCCACCUCCCCAGAGACCAAUUUCCGCAACCCUGCCCACGACCGCUUCAGAGGCUUCAACUUCCCCCACUCUGCGGAGAUGAUGAAGAUCUUCCACAAACGCUUCGGUCUGCACCAGUUCCGCUUCAAUCAGCUGGAGGCCAUCAACGCCACCAUCCUGGGGCAAGACACCUUUGUCCUCAUGCCAACAGGUGGCGGUAAAAGUCUGUGCUACCAGCUGCCCGCCUGUAUUUCAGCUGGUGUUUCUGUGGUGAUCUCACCACUCAAGUCACUGAUUGUGGACCAACUGCAGAAGCUCACAACUCUGGGUAUCCCGGCCACCAGUCUGUCUGGUGACAAGAAAGAUGGUGAAGCAAGCCGCAUCUACAUGCAGCUGUCCAAAAAGGACCCGCACCUCAAGAUGCUCUACGCCACACCCGAGAAGAUCUCUGCGAGUGGCAGGCUGAUCAGCGCUCUACAGAACCUGUUUGAGAGGGGACUCCUGGCUCGCUUUGUUAUUGAUGAGGCACAUUGCGUUAGUCAGUGGGGUCAUGAUUUCCGUCCGGACUACAAGCGUCUGAACGAGCUACGUCAGAAAUUCCCCCGUGUGCCCAUCAUGGCUCUGACUGCCACCGCUACUCCUCGCGUGCAGAAGGACAUCCUCAACCAGCUCAUGAUGAGCUCUCCUCAGGUCUUCAGCAUGAGUUUCAAUCGGCACAAUCUGAAGUACACUGUGAUCCCCAAGAAACCCAAGAAGGUGGAUGUGGACUGCAUUGAGUGGAUCCAGAAACACUUCCCUCGUGGCUCUGGUAUUGUGUACUGCUUGUCGAGGAACGACUGUGAUGCCAUGGCAGACAGUCUCCAGAGGGCGGGCAUUGCAGCUCUGGCGUACCAUGCAGGCCUCAACGACAGCGACCGUGAAUACGUGCAGAGCAAGUGGAUCAACCAGGACGGAUGCCAGGUCAUCUGUGCCACCAUUGCCUUUGGCAUGGGCAUUGACAAGCCUGACGUGCGUUACGUGAUCCACGCCAGCCUGCCCAAGUCUGUGGAGGGCUACUACCAGGAGUCGGGUAGGGCGGGCCGAGACGGAGAGGUGUCCGAGUGCGUCCUCUUCUACUCCUACAACGACGUCAUUCGCAUCAAGAGGAUCAUCAGCAUGGACAAAGAUGGCAACCGCCAGUCAAAGGCGACUCACUUCAAUAACCUGCACAGCAUGGUGCACUUCUGUGAGAACAUUGCGGAGUGCCGACGUAUCCAGCUGCUGGCUUACUUUGGGGAGCACAAGUUCAACAGCAGCUUCUGCAAGGAGCACCCGGAGGUCAUCUGCGACAACUGCGCCAGACCCAAUAAAUACAAGGUGAGGAACGUGACGGAGGACGUGAAGAAGAUCGUGAAGUUUGUGCAGGUGAACUGUGAGAAGGUGAGCCAGUACGGCUACAACAGGUCUAGCGGCCAGCAGAGCCGCCUCACACUCAACAUGCUCGUCGACAUCUUCAUCGGCCAUAAGAGUGCGCGUGUGCAGACCGGGAUGUUUGGCAUGGGGGCGGCUUAUACUCGCCACAACGCGGACCGUCUCUUCAAGAAGCUGGUGCUGGAUAAUGUCCUCAUGGAGGACCUGUACAUCGGCCAGAACGGCCAGGCUGUCGCAUACAUCUCAGCCGGUCCCAAGGCCACCAACGUGGUCAAUGGAUUCAUGCAGGUGGAGUUCUACGAGACGGAGAACGCGUCGAGCAUCAGGAAGCAGAAGGCGGCGGUGACCAAGAGUGUGUCCAAGCGGGAGGAGAUGGUGAGCCAGUGCCACGAGGAGCUGCUGGAUCUCUGCAAGAAGCUGGGCAAGAUCUUCGGCAUCCACUACUACAACAUCUUCUCCAUACAGACGGUCAAGAAGAUCGCACAGACCCUGUCUGCAGACCCAGAGGUCCUUCUGCAGAUAGAUGGUGUGACAGAGGACAAGCUGGAGAAGUACGGAGCAGACCUUAUCCAGCUACUGCAGAAAUACUCAGAGUGGCAACUGCCUGUGGAGGACCAGGCUGAGAGCUCGGGCUGGAUCGACACGGCUCAGGGCCGCGAUGAAGACGAUGAGGAGAUGGACGACGAUGAAGACGAGUCCUCUACCUACUUCCAGAGCGGCGGUGGCGGCCGGGGCCGCGGAGGGGCCAAGAGGAAGAAAGGCGGCUACUCCAGGAAGCCCAAGAGGAAGAGGGGGAGCUACCAGAACCAGGCAUCCUCUGCCAAAGGUGGCUACAGUAACAGCUCAUGGGGGUCCGCUGGCUCCUCCAGUAGGGGGGGCUAUAGGGCACGAGGACGUGGAGGCUCUGCAGGGGGGCGAGGGGCAUCGGGGGGGCGUGGGAGGGGCAGUGCCCCCCAGUCUGCCCCCGCUGCGGGCAGGAGACCCGGCUUCAUGGCCAUGCCUACACCGCAGAGUGCAGCUCGGCCCUUCCUCAAACCUGCCUUCUCGCACAUGCCCUGAGUGGGGCGCCGUGAUGGGGACUGAAGCUGAUGCUAACAUUGUUAUUUUACACCAUGUGUAAAUAUGUAUGUUUAAGUUAUUUGUUAGAUAAACAUUUUGAUAAAUAUUUGUUUUGUAUUUGUGUCGGUUUAAUGUUGUGUUGUGUAUAGUUAUAUAUGCUUUGUUGAAAGGCUACCUGUUGUAUAGUUUUUAACUAAAGUCAUUAAAACUGGCUUAAUUAAAUUUCAUUGAAAUGCAUUCUGUUCUAUAAAAUGACAAAUUUCCAAUUUUGUAGGCAAGAUGUUGAGCGCCUACA